AAGCAAAUUAAACCCAUCGAUAAACACAUACGUUCACACAUAUAUGUCUAUAAAUCCGACAAUGUCUCGUACUGGCGAAAGUUCUUCAGGUUCGUCCUCCGACAAGACGAUAAAGCUAUUCGGCUUCGAACUCAUCAGCGGCAGUCGUACGCCGGAAAUCACGACGGCGGAAAGCGUGAGCUCGUCCACAAACACGACGUCGUUAACAGUGAUGAAAAGACACGAGUGCCAAUACUGCGGUAAAGAGUUUGCAAAUUCUCAAGCCUUAGGAGGUCACCAAAACGCUCACAAGAAGGAGAGGUUGAAGAAGAAGAGGCUUCAGCUUCAAGCUCGGCGAGCCAGCAUCGGCUAUUAUCUCACCAACCACCAACAACCCAUAACGACGUCAUUUCAGAGACAAUACAAAACGCCGUCGUAUUGUGCAUUCUCCUCCAUGCACGUGAAUAAUGAUCAGAUGGGUGUGUACAACGAAGAUUGGUCGUCGAGGUCGUCGCAGAUUAACUUCGGUAAUAAUGACACGUGCCAAGAUCUUAAUGAACAAAGCGGUGAGAUGGGUAAGCUGUACGGUGUUCGACCGAACAUGAUUCAGUUCCAGAGAGAUCUGAGUUCUCGUUCUGAUCAGAUGAGAAGUAUUAACUCGCUGGAUCUUCAUCUAGGUUUUGCCGGAGAUGCGGCAUAACAAAUUAAAGAGAGAUAUAUGAUUAAGAUUAUAUGUACUAUAGUGGCGUAUUUCAUUGGGAUCAUGAAGGGGAAAAAACGAGACAUAUAGUAUUCUUGAUGCAAUUUGAGUUUUGUAAUUUAUUUAGGUUUAUGUAUGUUUUCGAAGAAAAAAAUAAUUCCAAGUGAUGUUGUGGAAUUAUUCAAAAAAAGAAAAAAAACUUUAUUAGAUGGCUUUACUAGAAAAUUCUCGAUCAUCAUCGUCAUCCGAUACAAAAUAAAGUCAGGUAGAGGAUCGAGCAUUUAUAAAUUAUGGAAUAACAAUAAAUCGUACUAUGGAAGCAAAUCAUUUUCUUGUUCCUUAGUUUGCUGACCGUACAUAUACUAGUUGACAAGGUUAAUCCAUAAAUCUCUUUGUAUCAUUGUGUGCUGUGUUUUUUUUUUUUUUUUUUUAAUACUGUGUGCCGUGUUGGUGCAUUUGCGUAAUUGAUGGAGGCAACAUUUUGAACAUAAUCACUUUCUUGUUGCUUAAUUAGUGUAUAUGGCCAUGGGUACGUUCUUCCUAUUGGUACAUAUGCAUGUAUUUAUAUUACAAGGUGAGUAUUCGUUACAAGUUGUGUACAUAUGUUCUUACACGUGCAAUUCGUACACGCCUCAAUUUGAUUUAUAGUCAAAUUUCAAAAAAUUUGUUAGAAAUUUCAUCUCAAAAGUUAUAAUAUGAUCUAACGUGAGACUAAAAAACAUAUGUGAAUUUGAAUGAUAUAAACUUGAUGUUUUUUUUUAAUAACCUAUAUACUUAUUGUAGGUACAAUCCAACGAUUUUAUGAAUGUUGUAUUUUUUUUGUAUACACUGUAAAGACGAUUUUAUGUCAUGGCUAU